CCUCAUCUCGGCUCCCUUUUCAGUCUCCGAGCGGCAAAGUGGAGCCAUGGACUGGUCACGUGUCCAGAAACCAGUAUGGAGCCAGUAUGGAGCCACGAAAAUACAUCGUGGAGAGCGGGAGGAGGGCAGCACCUUCAUCCUCCUCAUCCUCCUCAUCCCCAGUGUGUGUGUGUGUGGUCGCUCUCGGCUCUGUGUCGCGCUGCUGUCGGACUGUUUCUGGCUGUCCUGCGGACUCUGACUGAAGGACCAUGUCCCCCUCCAGCAGCAGGACUCUCUCUGCUCCUCUUCAGGGCUACUACCUGACAUGAAGGACUGAAGUGUGAGGACGUGGCGCCCCCUGCUGGACUCCCGCUGCCGCUGCAGACCAUGGCUGAGCCCAGCUACUCCGACCUGAUCGCCAAACACUACAACUACACCGGCAAGUUCCGCAAGACGCAGCACGACUCUGGUCUGAAGGCCGACUCGGUGGUCUUCAUCAUCGUGUGCUGCUUCAUCAUCCUAGAGAACAUCCUGGUCCUGACCACCAUCUGGAGGACCAAGAAGUUCCACAAACCCAUGUACUACUUCAUUGGGAACCUGGCGCUGUCCGACCUGCUGGCCGGUGUCGUCUACACCGCCAACAUCCUGCUGUCGGGUGCCAACACGUACAAGCUGACGCCCACGCAGUGGUUCUUCAGAGAGGGCAGCAUGUUCGUGGCACUGGCAGCGUCUGUCUUCAGCCUGCUGGCCAUCGCCAUCGAGCGCCACCUCACCAUGCUGAAGAUGAAGCUGCACAACAACGGCAACACGUGCCGCGUCUUCCUGCUCAUCAGCACCGUGUGGAUGAUCGCGGCGGCACUGGGUGGCCUGCCGGUGAUGGGCUGGAACUGCAUCCAGAGCAUGACGCAGUGCUCCACCGUGCUGCCGCUCUACCACAAGACCUACAUCCUGUUCUGCACCACCGUCUUCAGCAUCAUUCUCAUGGCCAUCGUGGUGCUCUACGCUCGCAUCUACGCGCUGGUGCGCACACGCAGCCGCAAGCUCGUCUUCCGCAAGGUGUCCAACGGCCGCAACGCCGGCGCCAACAUCAAGAGCUCGGAGAAGUCGAUGGCGCUGCUGAAGACCGUCAUCAUCGUCCUGAGCUGCUUCAUUGCCUGCUGGGCGCCACUCUUCAUCCUGCUGCUGCUGGACGCCGCCUGCGAGACGCUGAGCUGCCCGAUCCUCUACAAGGCUGAGUGGUUCCUGGCACUCGCCGUCCUCAACUCCGCCAUGAACCCACUCAUCUACACGCUGACCAGCAACGAGAUGCGCCGCGCGUUCCUCAAGACGCUACUGUGCUGCACCGCUUGCAUCCGGCCCAACGCCAAGUUCACUGGGCCCAUCGUGGGAGCGGAGUUCAGCCGCAGCAAGUCAGAUAACUCCUCCCACCCCAACAAGGAAGAGGCGGAGCAUUCGCCGAGGGAGACGACGACGGCAGCGUCCUCGGGGAACAUCGCCUCAUCGUCCUAAACGAGCCGUAGUGUGUCAGAAGUAGAGUUUGUGUUUGUACAGGAGUGAACGCCGCCCGGCGACGGCUUCGUGGACCGAUCAGCUGAUCAGGACUCACAGCACUUAUGGAGACUGGUUGAACUGGUUUAACUGGGACCAGUGAACCCUCAGAUAGAGAGGGCCUCGCUUUGUAGGAAGCUCACACCUGUAACGCCUCCAACACACCUGCAGGACGGUCGACCUGCCAGAGUCCAGAGUCCUGAUGCUCUCGACGGCGAAUCAUUGACGAGUUCUGAUCAAUAACAUCAGAUCUGAGCUUCGUACAAAGUGUUAUUGAUCCUCGUAGAAGAAGAACUGUAUACUGACCCUCUAAGAACAACUAGAACAUGUAGCUUAAACACACCAAUAUUUAAGAAGACAAAUGAAUUGAUGGACGUUUGUUUUUCUUCCUUAAAAACGUUUCACACAUGGACUCAGAGCUCAGGUGCUUCUCACAUUAAUAUUAAAUAUUAAUAUUAAACAUCAAUAUUAAACAUUAAUAAUAAACAUUAAUAUUAAACAUGAAGGAAAUCAGCUGCAGUUGUUCUGUGUUUCAACUUUAAUGUCAACGUUUCGGUCUCUGAGUUCGUCAGCUGGUGGAUGAUAGGGAGAUGUGGAUUUUCCCAUUACUGAACAGUACCCUGAACAUCACAUAACCUCAAUGGUACGUGUCCACGGGCGUUUUGGGACCCUCCUACAAACACUUCCUGGAUGCACCUGACUGGACGAAUGCUUUGUUAUUGCAUCUUCACUUUAGAUCCACAACCAGUAUCAGUGUGGACUGUAUAGAGUUUACAGAGACUCAUUUACAUAAAGUAGCCUCAACCUCAACUUUAUACAAAUGAGGAGCGGCCAAAGUGACGCUCUGUCUCUCGAAACACACCGCUGUGGUACCAGAAUGCAUUGCAUCACUGCUCACAUAGACAAUGAAUGGAAGGUGUGGAAAUGACUGAUCCUGUGAACACAUAAUUCUUUGCGGUUUUAUUGGCAUUAAGCUAACUGUGUGUUUACACCAUCCACAGAAGAUGACUGUCUAAAUUCGGAGCCAGAGUCUGUGCAGUAGUGAUCGGGGCUGGCGCCACUGUAUCGAGGUCCCGCCCAUACGGCGAGCAGGGCUCAGCUGUCAAUCAUGACGUGAAACCCUCUUUUUAUAUCUUCUUCUAAUAGCUAAUUAAAACCAAACUAAUGAUAAAAAGGAACAAACAGCAGUCAGCCACCAGGGGGAGAUAGAGAGAGAGAGAGAGAGUCUAUACUCUAGUCAGCCACCAGGGGAAUAUAUAGAGAGAGAGAGUCUAUACUGCAGUCAGCCACCAGGGGAAUAUAGAGAGAGAGAGAGUCUAUACUGCAGUCAGCCACCAGGGGGAGAUAGAGAGAGAGAGAGUCUAUACUGCAGUCAGCCACCAGGGGGAGAUAGAGAGAGGACGUUUGGGGCAUCAAAGUAGUUAUUUUUAGAAUAUUAUUUCACGACUUUUAGAAACGACCCUCAGAACAAAAGGUCCAGACUGGAGGUUCUCCGUGAGAAGUGCUGGUACCCAGUACUGUGAGACUGUGAGCUUCAUUUCUAUAAAAUAAAUGGAUGUAAAGUCUCAGAGAGGCACCUGAACUCUGAAUUAAUGUGUUUGUGUUGUGACAUUUUUGUACAAAGUUAACUGUGUAAAAGUUGUAGAAACUGUUAUUUUCUACUUCCUGUCUGUGUCACUGUUGUCAGUGUAGUCACAUUAAUUUAUAUCUGAAACCAGGAUGGAAAAAAUGCAUUUUGUUUGUCAGAUAAAUGAAUGUGUUGUUUCAGAAAUAUAGAAGCUCAUUUCUGCCAAGAAACGAACAAAAAAAUAACAUUAAAAAAUCUAUUAAGGAACAAUUAAAACAUGAAACAUUGAUCAUGUUUAAGAUUCAACGUUAAUUUCUGACGUUUUCUCCCCACAAGGUCCAUUUAAUAUCUGUUCUGGAACCUUUGAGCAUCAUCACAUGAUCUUCAUCAGCAGAUUUGCAGAUCAAAAAUAAGUUUUGAGUCCUUUAAUUUCUCAUAAUAAAAUUUAAAUAUCUCAAUUUUUUUGGGAUAAACCCAUGAAGAUCAUGUGAUAUGACUGAAAGCUCCAGGAUGGCCACUGAAUGGACCUUCAUGAAGUAUCACAAUUUUUAUUUUUAUUUUCUAUGUUUCUGUUCAGAACCUCACAAAGAAAAUUCACAUUUUAAGUUGAUAAUUUUCUCACCAUCGUAUUUACCUUUUGGCAGUAACGGGAUUCCGUAUGGAUCAGACUCUGUUACCAUGGUGACCAUCUUCUGUCCAGCUGAUCGAUUAAUUAAUACAAUAAUUUCAGUUUGUCUGUGAGUGCGCACUGUUUAACUCCCGAAUGUUGGUUUGUUGUAAGCGAUUAAUAAAGACACAAAUAGAGACACCGAAAA